UUUAAUUGGAGUUCUACGAUAUUUGGCUGAGAAUAUGGAAUACACAAGUGAAAGUAUAGAAGAGAUCGUUGAUAUCUUCAAGCGACAUUUAAUCAGAAAAUCCAAUGACGACAAUGUCAAAAAGGCAGCACGAAAUAAAGCUAAUAAACUUUAUGUUAAAUUUGCUAAGAAACAUUACGCGACAAAUGUUAAAAAAAGUGUUAUUACGGAUAAAAUAGUGGUAGUAAAAGAAACCAGUAAAAUAUUCACAGUGGAUCAUAACAAUGAAGUCAUUAAAAACUCAAUUGUCGAAGUUGUAAGGGAAGAAGGAGUAAGUGUGCAAGUAGAUGGUGGAAAUAUAAGCAUAGAACAGACUACUGAGAGUAUACAAGAUGAAGUUAAAGUAGAUGAAAAUGAGAAGAUGAUAUGUGUAAAAAGCAUACUUGAGGAUUUGAUGACAGCUUUGACUGUUAAAAAGGCUACUGCAGAAUUUUUCUUAAAAAACUUUUCUACUACUACAAUUAUGGAUUUACGCCCAAGAACAGAAUUUUCAUUAGCUCUAAAUUCGAAGCUUCAAAUGGAAAUAUUGCAUGAAAUUUUUGAUCCAAUUGAUAACAGAUACGUAACAGAUGAGAUUCAUGAUUUUCUCGUCAUAUUUUUCAAUGAAGACCGAAGUGCAGGAGGCUGGGCUGAAGCCAUUGAUGAUAUGACCAUUAAUAAUGAUGAUUCGAAAAUGUUAGGAAAAACCAAGAAGCUGAUAAAAGAAACUCUUCCAAAAUUUUUAAAAGCAUUUUCGUUGGCAGGUCUCAAUCCCUUGAGGGAUAUGACAAUCCUUGAAAAACCACACCUUAAUCAGUUCAUGCAUCCCAUGACCAUUGAUGACGAUGAUAAAAAUGCCAAAAGCAUAAAAGCGCUUUACAAUAAUAUUGUAAUAGCAGAAGCUGAUUCUCGUCACCAGCUUUUUACGAAUCUGAAAAUAUACAGCCUGAUUGCAUUUAAAACAGAAGUGUCACUCACAAUGAUGGAUUUUUACA